AUGACAUACUGGCUUCAGGAACUUCAACAGAAGAGGUGGGAAUAUUGUAACAACCUUGACGCAGCAAAAAGGGACAGCCGAACUUCCCCUACGCCAAGUGACUUUUCCAAAGGUCUUGUUGCCAAAGACAACCCUGAUUUGAGUAUCAGAAGUCAAAAUGCCUCAGCAGAAAGAGCUAGAAAUAUUCUAGCUGUGGAAACUUCUCCUACAGACCUGGUGGGGGAACAAGCAGCUUCCCAACCUGCGCCAAUCCAACCAAGUGCUAUCAAUUUCUCACUUAAGCAAUGGAGUACCGAAAUCAAAAAUUCAAUGUCCUCUUUAAGAAAAGGAAAUAACGAAAACCGCAAGAGCAUAUUUUAUACCACCGAAGAGUGGGAAUUGCUGGAUCCAACCCCAAAAGACUUGGAGGACUCGAUGGCCCUGGAAGAAAAGAGGAAACACCUGGCAGAAGGAAGUAAAGGACUGGCUAGUUCAGCUUUUCCAUUUGAUUUUGGCCGUAUUCCACACAAAACAAGGCGCCCGUUAAAAGACAUGAUUGGAUCAAGCAAAAACCGGAACAGCAGUGACUCUUCUCCAACUGAGUGGUAUUCUGGUAAUGGCAACAAACUAGUCUCUGAACUGCAACUGAAGUAUCAAAGCCAGCAAGAAGAGUUGGAAAAGCUAAAGAAAGAUCUUUUGAGCCAAAAGGAACUUGUGCGACUUCUGCAGCAAACAGUCCGAUCUUCCCAAUAUGAUAAGUAUUUUGCAAGCCGUCUUUGUGAGGGGGUUCCCAAAGACAAAUUAGAGCUGUUGCACCAAAAAGAUGACCAGAUUUUGGGUCUCAACAACCAGCUUGAAAAGUUAAAUCUCGAAAAAGAUAGUCUCAAUCUGAAAUGUAAAGUUGGAGAACUCAAUGAGCGGCUGGGUAUGUUGAUGGAAACUAUUCAAGCUAAAGAUGAAGUGAUCAUGAAACUCUCUCGUCAACUCAGCGAAUGUGAGGACAAUACCUCCUCUCAAGGCGGAGCAGUAAAUUCUUCCAUGGCCACCUGUACUAAUAAGGAACUACAGGAACUGGACAGACUAAAAGACAAUCUUCAGGGUUACAAGACCCAGAAUAAAUUUUUAAAUAAGGAGAUUUUGGAACUUUCUGCUCUACGAAGAAAUGCAGAAACAAGAGAGAGAGAAUGGCAGGCAAAGUAUACUAGCUUGGAAGCCAAACUCUGUCAGAUAGAAAGUAAAUACUUGAUCUUGCUUCAAGAAAUGAAAACUCCUGUUUGUUCUGAGGAGCAGAGUCCUGCUCGUGAGGUCAUCACACAGUUACUGGAAGAUGCCUUGAAAGCAGAAACUGGUGAACAACCAGAACAAGCGUUUUUCAAACCACACCUGGUCAGUGAAUAUGAUAUAUACGGUUUUCAGACAGUCCCAGAGGAUGAUGAGGAGGAGAAACUAGUAGCAAAAUCACGAGCUUUGGACCUGAGAUCGCUUUCUCUCAGUGAAAAUCGAGAGAUCUCCACAGGAGUAAAAUGGGAGAACUAUUUUGCAAGCACAAUGAAUAGAGAGAUGAUGCGCUGUGUAGAACUAAAGAAUCUUAUUCGAUCUGGAAUUCCACAUGAACAUCGUUCCAAAAUGUGGAAAUGGUGUGUCAAUCUCCAUGUUAAAAAAUUCAAGGACAGCACUGUUCCUGGGUACUUCCAAACCUUGCUUCAAAAUGCUCUGGAAAAACAAAAUCCUGCAUCUAAACAAAUUGAGUUGGAUCUCUUGAGAACUUUGCCAAACAACAAACAUUAUUCCUCCCCAACAUCCGAAGGGAUCCAGAAGCUGCGAAAUGUGUUGCUGGCAUUUUCGUGGAGAAAUCCUGAUAUAGGAUAUUGCCAAGGGCUCAACAGAUUGGUAGCGAUUGCACUUCUGUACUUGGAACAGGAAGAUGCUUUUUGGUGUCUAGUAACAAUAGUGGAAGUUUUCAUGCCUCGUGAUUAUUAUACUAAGACACUGCUAGGAUCUCAGGUUGAUCAGCGAGUAUUCAAGGAUUUAAUGAGUGAGAAGCUUCCACGACUGCAUGCUCAUUUUGAACAAUACAAAGUUGACUAUACUCUUAUAACUUUCAACUGGUUUCUCGUGAUAUUUGUGGACAGUGUGGUUAGCGACAUCCUUUUUAAAAUAUGGGACUCCUUCCUGUAUGAGGGACCAAAGGUAAUAUUCCGAUUUGCCCUGGCACUUUUUAAAUACAAAGAAGAGGAAAUCUUAAAACUGCAAGAUUCAAUGUCCAUUUUCAAGUACCUUCGAUACUUCACACGCACUAUACUUGAUGCUAGGAAACUGACUGGUAUUGCUUUUGGAGACCUGAAUCCUUUUCCAUUACGUCAGAUCAGGAACCGGAGGGCCUAUCACCUGGAGAAAGUGCGUCUUGAACUAACUGAACUCGAAGCCAUUCGUGAGGAUUUCCUACGUGAACGAGACACGUGUGUAGAAAAAAGAGACCUUAUUAGUGAUGAUGAGGAGGAUAGUUGAAACUAUUCAACGUAAACUCAUAAACUGUUCUUUGGGAU